UGGACAUGCUGAGGACGUGAAAAGGGCUAUUUUAAUGCAGAUUGUUCUCGUAGGUGCUGACGCCCACUUCACUAUUUCCAAUCCUAAACGGUGUAACCAGAACGAAUCAAAUAACAAAAUUAGCACCGAAAACAGAAAUUGCUGGAAAAGCUCAGCAGGUCUGGCAGCAUCUGUGGAGAGAAAUCAGUUAAUGUUCCAGGUCGAGUGACCCUUUCGAUUUUUAACUAAAUUGGCAUCCCGAUAUUUCAUACAGAAAACCUCAACAAAAAGCCAAGGUAUAUGAUUUGCAAAAACUAAAACGAAAUUUGCGACCGUGGAGAUGGACGCUCUCGGAAUUAGGCGAAUUGUUAUCCACUUGAUCUGCGGUAGGCGCUGUUUCAUUCUUUACAUCAAGGACAUCCGAUAGAGACAUGGAAAAGAAGUGAUUAUGGAAAUAAAUGAGCAUGGGACACUACCCAGAGUCUUCGAAAUCGAUGUGAUAUUUACAUGGCCUUCAAAAGCAAAACCGCAGGCACUAAGAUUGUUCUCUUAAAUUUAUUGCAAUGUUUGUUGGUAUUCUACACUCUCUACUACAUGAUCGGAAGUGUUUGCUUUGGUGCAUUCAGACUUAAUUCAUUUGAUGGGUUGAUUCCAUUUGACUUUAAAACUCAAGCAGCAAAAUCUAACUCUAAAUAUCUAGUGAAUCUGUUGUCUAUGGAACUUACGUAUUUCACCAGUGGAAUCCUGUUUGCAAUAAUUGUUAAGAAGUGGGUGUGGGACUAUUCAAUCACAGUUACACUCAUCCAUGUCAUACUGAGCUCUGCAGUGAUGACUGAGUUUCCUUUAGCGUGGCAGUGGUGGUUGGCUUUGGGGGGCGGCUUGUUGAUGAUGAUCUGUAAUGGACAGCUGGUGGCACACUGUGUUUGCCAAAAUAAUCCUGCUUACUCUUCAAGUAACCUCUGAGAGAAAAUGAUCAAACAAGGCCACAAAAAUCAGAAGUUCAGGAUAAUUCCCCAUCUAACAUACCUGCAUUGAUUUUAAUGAGCAGAGAAACUGCAUCCUUCCUCAGAAAUAAUUCAUGUUAAAUGUUUGAAAAUCACAGUUUGUAUUUUAUGUGACCAGAAAAGGUCUGUUUUUCACACAAAAGUCAAGUGGAUCAUGGGCAGCUUAAAAGAAAGACUAAUAACUUUCUCUUUUCCCCUUUGAAUUUUGAUAUUUGUUGCUUUGCAAAGGUAAUUCCAUAGAAGACACCAAACAUAGACAUAAUUUUAAUUUUGUCCAAUUAUGUGUGCAUUAGAUCUGCUUGGGGAAUGUGGUGUCUAACCUGCCCUGCACAGUAAAGUAUCAGAACUACUGCAGCAGUAAUAUGUCAGGAAGUAAUUGGGAACUCUUAGAAACAUGUCUGAUCAGAUCUUUAUAUGAGUAAUCCAAUCGUACAAUAUUAAAGUGAAAAACAAAAGAGAAUAUAGUAUACCAACUUAAAUAAAUAUUUGAGAAUUGAAGGAUUUCUUUAAAGAUAACUCAGAAUCAAAUUUUCUAUAUGCCGAAAUAAAAAGUACAUGCAUUGUAAAUAAUAAAUAGGCUUAAAGUAGAAUCUUAGAACUCCCAAAAAUAUUAAUUCACAGUAUUCAUAUAAAACAUGAAAACUACAAUCUGAUAUUUUCCCACUAGGUAAAGAAAUUGUCUACCCUCAAAAGGUUAAAAUGUUUAAUAUUUACCUUUUGGAGGGGAAUGACCAUGCAUUUUAGAAUUUUAACCAUUUUUAUUGCAUUCAAUAUUAUAUCAUUCAAUUAUCAGUGGCUUCCUUUACUUUUAAAAUGUUAAUAGGUAAUAUAUGGAGUUUCAACAAAUUCAGUUUUAAUACAUAGAAAUCCCCUUCAAGUUGAAAAAUUAUUACCAUCAAAGUUUGUGAGAAGAUUUGUAGCUCGGGUGCUUGUUGUUGUGGUUCUGUUCGCCGAGCUGGGAAUUUGUG